AUGGAUGCCAUCAUGGCGGACAGCUCACCCGCCGAUCCGCUGGCCGCGGCCACUAGUGCCCUGAUGAACUCGAUACAGGGUUACGUCCGCGCCGCCAUCGCCGCCGAGGUGGCCAACGCCCCGCCUCAGUCCACGUCGGCUCUCCAGACCCGUCUGGACUCCGUUAUCCAGGAGAAUAGCGAGCUAAAAGAAAAGCUUAAGCAGAUCGAGAAUGAGCGAGACACCAUCAAAGCCGCCUUCUCGUCCUACAUUGGCGUCGCUCUCCCAGAGUCCAAGCUGUCUCGCCACCUGCGUCCCAAGACCCCCAAGUUCUCCCAGUUCAGGAACUUCCCAGUCGAGAUCCGCAUGAAGAUCUGGAAGCUCGCUCUUCCUACUGGUCGCGUCUUCGACCUGUCUAUGGGCGAUGGCCACCUCUCUCGUGUUCUGCGCGCUACCGCCCCGAACCCCAACGGCGGCCCUAACGCGGCCGUCGCGAUUCGGCAGGCCUCAGGCCUUGCCGAGAUGAGCGUCACCGCUCACAAGACGCCCAAGCUACGCCUCGCCUGCAAGGAGGCCAAUCGCGCCUUCCUCGAGGCCGGCGGCUUCGAAUUCGGCCUCUUCGGCGGUGCAUACAAGGGCCUCUGGUUCAACUAUACAGAGGACAUCCUCUUUGUCCGCGAGGAGCCCCGUGCAUGGACCAACCUCGACAUGUCGCGCAUCGUCCGUGUCGCGUUCCCCCACACGAGAUUCAUGAGCAAGGGCGACAUCACCUCCAAGAUGGACCUAAUCCUUGACCACUUUACCUCCUGCAAGGAGAUCAUUCUUAUGCAAACCAUGGAGUGGGAUAUCCGCUCGUGUCUGACGAGCCCCCGCCUUCCGGCCAAGCUUUUCCCCCUGGGAACAGAUGACCCCAUUGGCGCGCACGACUACCCUAAGGAGCUGUCGAACGAGAUAGGAAACGUCGCAGCCUGGGGUGACGUGAAGCGCGUUGUUGAGCAGAUUAGCAGGGAGCAUGUCACCGAGGUGAAGCGCCUGACACCCGGUCGCGUUCCCAAAUUCACCGGCAUGGAAAUGGUACGAGCUCGCCCGAGCUACUUUGACUAG